AUGAAGAGGACGGGCGGAGGCAAGGACAAGGGCGGCGGAAAGCGCUCCAAGAAGCAGUACUACCAAAAGCCUUUGCUGAAGAGAUUGGGGCGGGGCUUGCAAGCGCAGGGCAAGGGGGGUGGAGGCGGCGGCGGAGGUGGCGGAGGCGGCGGCUUCGAGCGCAAGCAGUUCGAGGCCAAGGAUGGGUUCAAGGGCGUGCUGGUAACCUGCGAGGGGAAGCACAAGGAGGGCCAGGCCGUGCGCGAGCUCUUCAACAUGCUCAACGAAUACGCAGAGGCCAUGUACCCGGAGGCCGAGGCACCCAAGGCCGAUGCGUCCCUGAGCAUUGAGGCGCCCAAGUCGUGGCCUCGUGGAAUGACGCUGGCUGACUCUGCGGGCGUGGAUGUUGGGGCGGAGGGCGCAGAUGCGCUGGCGGCUGAGAUCGCGGAUAUCAAGAAGGAGGCCAAGGAGGGGCAGCGCAAGUUCUACGUCCUGGAGACCAACGUGAAGGGCCUCAUCUUCAUCCGCUUCACCGACCCCCGCAUGCAGCCCGUCCCCUUCAUCACCCAUAUUCUGGAGGACCUCAAGGAGAAGAAGGAGCAGAAGACCAAGUACCCGCGGAGACUGACGGACAUGCUUCUGGGCGGCGGCGGCGGCGGUAGGAAUGCGGUGCGGAUGCUGCCCAUCGAAAAGACGUGCGCGGUGCAGAUGGACAAGGUGCUCGAGCUCAUCGAAGAGCUCGCGCGGCCCCACUUCCCGCCCAACCCCCUCCCCGGCCAAAAGAAGCCCUUCACGAUCGUGUUCAAGCGCAGGAACAACGACAAGGUGAGGCAGAUGGACACGAUCGAGGCAGCGACCAAGCUCCUGAGCGAUGUGGGCAUCCUCAACUACCGCAACGCCGAGAUCACCAUCCUCGUCGAGAUCUUCCAGAGGGCGUGCGGGGUGGCUGUGAUUCCCAACGGGGCCUACGAUCGGCUGGAGGACUUCAACGUGCGCCGCAUCUACGAGAAGGAGCUCGGCGGAGCCAAGGCGGCACCGGCACCGGAGGCCAGCGCCGGUGCGACCGCCCAGCCGACCGAGCUAGGGCCGGAGCCGGAGGUGCCUGGAGAGAAGGGGAAGGAGAAGGAGGAAGACGAGUCACCCCACCCGAACGAGGCGCACGAGAAAGGCGGCGACGACCAGCAGCAGCCACCACAAGUGGGAGAAGGCGAAACGCCCAAAGAAUAG